UAAAGCAGGUCACAUCUAAAUAUAACCCAAACAGCUUAACACACUGCAAAACAAAAACACAACCAGGCUGUGAGCUGGAGACCUCAAGGGGACUUAUUCAGAUCAACCGAAAUGGAUGACUUUGAACAGGAGGCCAUAAAUGAAGACUUGAUUGAGUUUGCUAUUCGAGAGAGCAUUCAAGAUGCCUACAAGCUGCCAUGCUCAGUGCAAACAGAUAGGAAAAACACAAAUAGUGUGGAGUUUAUGAAGAUUAUGGCAGCCAUUCAAAAAGGUGAUGGGGAUGCGCUGCAGGAGCUGUCAGGUUGCGCGUCUGCCUUCAGAGAGAGUGACAGCAGGGGCUGGCUGCCUCUGCACGCAGCAGCUGUGCAGCUGCAGCCAGAUGUCCUCCACACAGUGCUGCAGGUGUUGGAAUCCACCGACCUGACCCUGGAGGAGCAGACGGAGGACGGUGAUACGGCUCUGACUCUGGCAGCUGAGGCCGGCCAGGUGGAAAACAUCAAGCUACUUUUGAAGCACGGAGCUUCACCGCACAACAACAACAGCAGGAAUGAAUCACCUCUGCUAAUCGCAGUGAGACAACGCUCAUACGACAUGGUUCUUUCCCUCAUCAUGGGCGGGGCCUUCGUAGAGCAGGUGUGUCUCACCAAGUGGAGGGCCAUUCACGAGGCAGCAAAGGAGGGUUGUGCAGCUAUUAUGAUGCUGUUACUCCGACAUGGAGCCAAAAUAACAAGCAGAGACGGUCAUGGCGUGACACCGCUGGGGAUCGCAGCUGAACAUGGCAACUCUGAAGUUUUAGACAUACUCAUACACCACGGUGGUGAUGUGAAUGCCCAGGCAAGCAAUGGAGACACAGUCCUGUAUGAUGCAACCGGAUCUGGAAACCUGGACUGUGUCAAGCUGCUUUUGGAGCACGGAGCCAACCCAAAUGUUGCCAGCUACGCCUGCCAGCUGCCCAUCCAUAGAGCUGCGUAUGAAGGAUACAUACUAAUCCUGAGGACUCUCAUCCCUAUCACCACAAAGAGAGCUAUUCGCCUCUCAGGCCAGAGCCCUGUCCACUCUGCUGCAGACGGGGGGCAGGUUCAGUGUCUAGAGCUGCUUAUCCAGAAGGGUUAUGAUGUCAACGCCCUGCUACAUGCACACAUCUCUGAGAACUACGGGGACCUCAGGAAAACGCCUCUCUACUUCGCUGUAUCCAACGGUGAUGUAACCUGUUCGGAGAGGUUGCUGGCGGCUGGCGCGAGAACUGACCUGGAUCCACUGCGAUGCAUACUGGUUGCUAUACGUGCUGAGAGGUUCGAGUUGGUGGAGCUGUUGCUGUCCCAUGGAGCAGAGGUUAACUGUUAUUUCAGAGUGAUCAGCAACACGGUGUUCCCCACAGCACUGCAGUACUGCUUCAGAGACCAUGUCAUGCUGCGAUUGCUGCUCAACAGUGGAUAUCACGCUUACAAGUGUUUCCAGUGCGGUCAUGGUGACAGUGAAGAAUUGGAUAGUACCUGGACUGAGCUGCAUAACCAAGCCUAUCAGAUUUACAGUCAACCUAAAGUCAUCUCAGUAAGAGACACUACAGGCAGACACACAGACCAUCUGUUAGCUAACCUCUACAAUAUGUCACUUCCCUUUUCUUUUCUUUUUCAGUUCUGUGAGUUUGUGUCAGUAUCAUGCCUUGCUCACGUUGUAGGCAAAGUGGUAAGGAUGCUACUGGACUACGUCAGCCAUGUCAGCAUUUGUUUUAAGCUCAGACAAAUCCUGCAGAGGAGGCCGGAGUGGGAUGAGAUUUCUGACAUACUGGGGAAGCCACGGUCUCUGCAGCACUUGUGUCGACUGGUAAUCAGAAGUCACAUGAGCCUCAGGACCUUGAAUGACCCUGAAACUAUGGCUGCUGGUCCCUUCCCCCCAAGGCUGAUGAACUACCUGACCUACAGAGAGCGUGACCUGUAUGUUGACCUGUUAUCUGUGUGAAACACGUUUUAUUUAUACAUGUGACUAAAGUGUGAAAACAGCCAAAGUGCUCAUUUAAUGCAAUACCUUAUUUUAGUUGUUUUUUUACAGACUGAAU